AUGUCUUUACCGCAUGUGAAUCCCGCAUACCUGAAGGGAUUAACAAACGAAAAUCUCCAGGCGAUCUAUGAACGAUGGCAGUAUCUACGGAUGCAAGGACCUGCAGAGAGGAACAACAAUGAGUUUCUACAGCUGACCGGGAUCCUACGGAUGGUCCAGCAGACACAGUUUAUGCGAAUGCAACAGGCUCGAGCAGCCGCUGCUGCUGGAGCUGGUAAUGGAGUUGGACAGAAUGUCCAAGGAGGACAAAUGGGGUCAGGAGGCUCGUACAAACAGAACGGGACAUACAAUGCUUCGGCAUGGAAUGCUGCAGACCAGAAAACAUCGUCACCAGACACAAUGAGCAUGAAUACUGCGAAUUCUAUGAAGGGGCAAGAUUUGACAGGCAGUUCAAAUGGCCUACGAGCGGGUGCUCCCGCAACGAAUCUUGCUACGAGUAUAAACAAUGUCCAAAAUGUUUCUGUAAACAGGCCGCAUGGCCAAAAUGUCGCUUCAGUGAAUAUGAACGUUAGGGGAGAUAUGGCGACAGGCUCCAAAACGACACCUGCCUUUUCCUAUGGCCAGGGCCAACAGAGUCGCAUUCCUGAUGGUGUUGUGGAAGACCGAGACAUAACCAGAGACGCUGGAACCGAUUCCCUGGGUCCAGGUAAUGCAUCUGCGACUGCUGCUACUGUUGGUAGUUCUCAGGGCAUGGCUCCAGGGGUAGUCAACAAUGGUCCGUACCCCGGAAUGGAUGGGUCCGCAGAAUACCCAAAGGUUUCGCGCCCCAUGUACAGUGGUGGACGACCGUUUAACGCAUCGUCACCUUCUGCAGGCGGCAGCGGACAUCAUGUACAGCAGUCGCCUGUACCUAGUGGUGCCUCUCCUCAUCUCUCUUCGACUCACAUUUCUCCCGCGGCAUCGCAAUGGCAGUCUCCCAAGCCUAGUGUGCCUUCUGCUCCAGCAGCUAGUCUGCCGACCCCCGGAGGCAACCAUUCAAGCACUUCGUCCUUUACUCCAGCUCAGGUGCUUGCAUUGAAAAAUCAAAUUCUUGCCUUCAAGUACAUUGCAGCCAAUCUUCCCAUCCCUCCCAACCUUCAACAGGCUAUUUUCGGUAAUGUUCUCUGUCAUCCCAAUGCUAUGCGGUCCAACGCUGAUGCUGCCAACAAAGUUGCUGCAUCCCAGCAAGCUUCCGCGGCGGCUGUUAAUCCCCAAGUCUCAGUGGACCGCGCCCGAGCUGCAGCAUUGGUUGCAGGAGGCGUUGUCCCAGACGCUUCUGCUUAUCCACUCGUUCGUGACGCACAAAAUGCGACUCAUACUACAGCUGUUCCAUCCACAAUUCCCGCUUCAUCUUCGUCGACACCCGCGGUGCCUCCAUCUGCUGGCAAAUCGACUCCCUCCGCUCAGGCCAAUUCCACAGGCGCGUAUAUGUCGAAAAUUGAUACUCCCGCAGCUUCGGUGGUAUCCGGUGCGCGCAUCUCUUUUGGGCCGGCUGCUGUCAAUGCAUCAUCAUCAGUAGCGGCACCUUCCCCUACCACUGAACUUGAGAGCAAAUCCUUCUCGUCAUGCGUCGAUCCUAACUCUUAUGUGUCUAAGCCGAUUACAUAUGCGGCUUUCAAUUCAAAAGACAACCGUCUAAUAAUUCCUUCUUUAUUGCCUCCACCCUUGAUUUGGGACACUGUUUAUGAACGCGUGGAGGAGAGCAUUGCUCUGUCUAUGCAAAAUCGUAUACAAGAAUUAGAAGCAAGAGUUGUGAAGGGCUCAGACAUGGAUAAAAGACUCUCGAUUAACGAGAGGAUUGAACUUUGUUCCUUGCGUUUGUUAGCCAAACAAAAAGCUCUUCGUGAUGAGGUUGGAAAAACAGUUCCGUACACGGGAACUCUUGCAGGCUCGAAUUUGCGAAACAUUUUCCGAAGUCUGAAACAUCAAUCGUUACGUGAGGCACGUCUUACGGAAUCUCUCUGCCUUCAACAAAAACAAGAGUUUGCCGAACGGAAAAAAGAAAAACUCCUCUCUCAAUUACAGUCAAUCCUUGCCCGUGGUCAAGGUAUCAUUGAACAUGCUAAUUCUGUCGCUCAGAGACGUCAGCGUUUAAACAAGAUGCUCGGCAACGUCUCCAAGCGCUUCGCGGCCGAUGAUGAAGCAGCAUACCUGGAGCUCAUUGACCAAGCGAAGGAUACGCGUAUUACUCACUUGUUGCGACAAACAGAUGCGUACUUAUCAUCGCUCACCAAAGCUGUCCGUGAACAGCAAAGUUACAUUCAUGACGGAAGUACUGCCGGCAGUACCACCUCCGCCUCUACAAAAGACAAUGAUAAUAUGCCAGAAGCUGGAGGGGAAAAGGAACAUGAUGACGUGGAUGAACAUCUGAAUUACUAUCAGGUUGCACAUCGUAUAAAGGAGGAAGUUACGCAACCAGACAUUUUGGUGGGUGGAACAUUGAAAGAAUACCAGUUAAAGGGCCUUCAAUGGAUGCUUUCCCUUUAUAACAAUAAUCUCAACGGUAUUUUAGCCGAUGAGAUGGGUUUGGGUAAAACCAUUCAAACAAUAUCCUUCAUUACGUACUUAUUGGAAAGGAAAAACGAGCAGGGGCCUUUUCUCAUUAUCGUCCCCUUGUCUACUUUAACAAAUUGGAGCUUGGAGUUUGAAAAGUGGGCCCCGUCCGUUAAAAUUAUCGCUUACAAGGGACCUCCCCAGGUGCGGAAAUCGUUACAGGCACGAGUCAGGUCAGGCGAUUUUCAGGUGCUGUUGACAACAUUUGAAUAUGUAAUCAAAGAUCGGCCGGUGCUGUCUAAAGUUCGCUGGCUGCACAUGAUUAUUGAUGAGGGUCAUCGUAUGAAAAACACACAGUCCAAACUGACAAACACAUUGACGACAUAUUAUUAUUCUCGAUACCGCCUCAUCCUUACAGGAACGCCUCUGCAAAAUAACUUGCCUGAGCUUUGGGCUCUACUGAAUUUCGUUCUUCCAAAAAUCUUCAACUCCAUCAAGAGUUUUGAUGAGUGGUUUAAUACUCCGUUCGCUAAUGCGGGUGGCCAAGACAAGAUGGAAUUGUCCGAAGAAGAGUCGCUGCUGGUCAUCAAGCGUCUCCAUAAAGUGCUUCGGCCUUUCUUGCUUCGGCGGUUGAAGAAAGAUGUUGAAAAAGAGUUACCAGACAAGAUUGAAAAGGUCAUCAAGUGUCCACUCUCGGCACUGCAACUCCGUUUGUAUCAGCAAAUGAAAAAACAUGGAAUUUUGUUUGUUGCCGAUGGUGAGAAGGGUCGCACGGGCAUGAAAGGUCUACAAAAUACCGUUAUGCAACUUAAAAAGAUCUGCAAUCAUCCAUUCGUUUUCGAGGAAGUAGAGCAGGCUAUCGAUCCUGAAGGCACCAACUACGACCUGCUUUGGCGUGCUGCUGGAAAGUUCGAACUACUCGAUAGGGUACUGCCAAAACUUUUUAGAACUGGUCAUAGGACGUUAAUUUUCUUCCAGAUGACACAAAUCAUGAGUAUUAUGGAAGAUUACUUACGCUACAGAAACUGGAAAUACCUUCGGUUAGAUGGUUCUACAAAAGCCGAAGAUCGUUCGGCCUUGCUAGCUGAUUUUAACGAUCGCAAUUCUGAUAUCUAUGUGUUUCUUCUUAGUACUCGGGCAGGAGGUCUUGGUUUGAAUCUGCAAACUGCUGAUACCGUCAUUAUUUUUGAUACCGAUUGGAACCCUCAUCAAGAUCUUCAAGCUCAAGACCGUGCUCACCGAAUCGGACAAACGAAAGAGGUUCGUAUUCUCCGUCUCAUUACUGAUAAGUCAAUUGAGGAAAAUAUUCUUGCUCGUGCGCAGUACAAGCUCGAUUUGGACGGCAAGGUUAUCCAAGCCGGAAAGUUUGACAAUAAGUCUACGCCGGAGGAGCGUGAAGCAUUCCUUCGUUCACUUUUGGAACACGAGAACGGGGAUGAUCAAGCGAACGAAAAUCAUGGAAAGUUUGAGGAUGAUGAGCUUAAUGAACUUAUCUCCAGAAACGAAGAGGAGCUGAAAAUAUUCCGUGAGAUUGAUCAGCAACGUCAACAAGAAGAUGCUUAUGGCAAGGGCAAACCAUUACCUCGUCUGCUUUCAGAAGAUGAACUGCCUGAAAUUUAUCGUGUUGAUGUUGAUACUCUAGCAGCCGCUGCUGCAGAAGAAGAAAACCGUGCUAUUCUUAUGAACCAUAAACGUCGUCGGGCAUCAAUCAGUUAUGCUGAGCCCACCUUGGAGGAAUUAAAUGAGGAGGAUUAUCUGUAUUCUGAACGAAGCAAGCGUUUAAGGAAACGGCACACUCGGGGUACGAGUGCUUAUGAUGAGGAUGAUGACGACUUUGCUUCACCGAAUUACCACACAAUGUCGAAGGCAGACAUUGAACAGGAAUGUCUCCGAGCGGCAUUGAAGCGAUGCGCGAUGGAGCUAUACCAGGCCGUCUACAAUCUACAAGACACUGACGGACGGCCCAUCAAUGCUCUAUUCCUUCACAUUCCCAGCAAAAAGCUGUACCCGGACUACUAUGUCAUCAUUAAAAACCCCAUCUCACUCGAUAAAAUUAAACGGAAGAUUAGCAGUCUUCGGUAUAGGAACCUCCAAGAGUUGGUUGACGACUUCAUGUUAAUGUUUAGUAACGCACGCACUUAUAAUGAAGAGCACUCUGAGGUGUACAAUGACGCCAAUCGUAUGGAGGAAGUGAUGCGUCAAAAAAUUAACGACCUGAUCGAACGGAAUGCUCUCAAAACUUAUGAGGCAGAAGAGUUACAACUACGAGAGCAACAUCUCGAAGAAUCUCAACGGCAGUUGCUGCAAGGCUCGGAUUAUGGCUCCGCAGCGGUUGACGGGGAUUAUGACGACAAUGACGAUGCUGAAAUGGGACAGGCUGCAGAAGAUGAGGACGAGUAUCGGGAAUGA